AUGCCGCGGCGCCUGUUCUCUUCUGUGGCGCUGCUCCUCCUCUUUUUAAUAUGCUGCGGCAGUGAGUCUGUGCAGGCUGAUGGGCCUGUCGCAGCGACGGCCAUCGAUCCAUUUGCAGGGACAACACUGGUAUCCGGUGCCAAGUGGGAGGAGGUUAAAUCCACUGGGGGGCCAGUCUGCUCGCUGCGCGUCCCCAGCCUCGUGGAGGUGGGCGGCGAGGUGUUUGCCGUUGCGGAAGCUGAGUGCAAGAGGAAGUGGCGGGCCGGGUUCUUAUUGGCAGUUGCGUCCAAGCUCCUCAAGGAGCUGCUGCCGNUGCUGCUCCGACGGAGGUCUCGAUGGCGGACA